AUGGUGGUGAUAUCAUCGGCUGAACUAACCAAAGAACUUCUUAAGACGCAAGACGUCAACUUCGCGGACCGGCCUCUCCACCGUGGCCAGGAGUUCAUGUCCUAUGGCCGACGUGACAUGGCAUUUCAUCAUUACACACCGUAUUACCGGGACAUAAGGAAGAUGGGGAUGAACCACUUGUUCUCACCCACACGUGUGGCCACCUUUAAGCACGUACGUGAGGAGGAGGCUAGGAGGAUGAUGGAUAAGAUCGGUAUGGCCGCUGAUAACUCCAAAGCGGUCGAUAUAAGUGAGCUUAUGUUGACAUUCACCAACUCCGUUGUAUGUAGACAAGCGUUCGGGAAGAAGUAUAAUGAAGAUGGUGAAGAGAUGAAAAGGUUCAUCAAGAUUCUUUAUGGGAGUCAGAGCGUUUUCGGAAAGAUUUUUUUCUCUGAUUUUUUUCCUUUUACUGGCUAUGUUCUCGAUGAUUUGACACGCCUCACCACUUAUAUGAAAGAAUGUUUCGAAAGACAAGACACUUAUCUGCAAGAGAUUGUCGAUGAAACACUUGAUCCCAAUAGGGUCAAGCCUGAAACGGAGAGCAUGAUUGAUCUCUUGAUGGAUAUCUACAGAGAUCAACCUUUCGCAUCCAAGUUCACUCUAGAGAAUGUCAAAGCCGUGGUCUUGGAUAUUGUAGUUGCGGGAACGGACAAGGCAGCUGCGGCGGUUGUGUGGGGAAUGACUUAUCUAAUGAAGUGCCCUCAUGUAAUGAAGAAAGCUCAAGCUGAAGUGAGAGAAUAUAUGAGGGAGAGAAGGUUAACGUUCGUCACUGAAGACGACAUGAAGAACCUUCCUUACUUCAGAGCCUUAGUUAAAGAGACACUAAGAGCAGCAGCAUCAAUAAAUCUUGAUACAGACACCAAGAUCGCUGGCUACGACAUUCCCGCAGGGACCACGGUUAACGUCAAUGCAUGGGCCGUGUCACGUGACGAGAAGGAGUGGGGCCCAAACCCUGACGAGUUCAGACCCGAAAGGUUUCUCGAGAAGGAUGUUGAUUUCAAAGGAACGGACUACGAGUUCAUACCGUUCGGGUCGGGUCGGAGAAUGUGCCCGGGAAUGCGGCUUGGUUCAGCUAUGCUUGAAGUUCCUUAUGCGAAUCUUCUCUAUAAAUUCGACUUCAAACUUCCUAAUGGAAUGAAACCAGAAGAGAUCAACAUGGAUGUCAUGACUGGACUCGCUAUGCACAAGGCUAAGCAUCUCAUGCUUGUCCCCGAGAAAGUGAACGUGUGA